UCCCGUGACCGCUACUGUCUUUAGUUCAUGCAAAAACCAAAUGCGUUCUAGUACUUCAAUCUGAUAGGUACAUGAAAAUUGCGCAGUUCUGAAUGAAUGGCAACACUGUUUUUUCGCUUUCUGUUUUGAUUCCAUCGACUCUGCCACGACUAAAAUAAUAAAUUCAUUAUCAUCAGAGUCCUGUAUUCCAGAGUCCAGAGUGUAGAUUUAGUAAUGUUGGAACACAUAUUCACUUAGCUUCAAUAUAGCCACAUGCAUUACAUAACAAAAAUAUGUAAACCGUUCGCUUGUGUAAUUCGCAAAAAUGUUUCGUUUGACAAAAGGUAAAAGAAUUUAUUCCUUUAUAGGUGCAAGGAGCCUGGUUACGACCAACAAUCUGCGGAAUCAACUUCAUCAAUUACAAACCUACGGAAUUAAGUUUGGAUUCCGAUACACCACCUCCAACAUGUCCUCGAGUAGCCGCUCAAAACCACCCAACAUUCUGGUGUACGCCCAGGAAGACACCGUGUCAACUAAUCUUGUCGAAACACUUCGCGAUGUGAUUCGCGUGGACACCUACACCGUUUAUCCUAUUACGAAGGGGCAGCUAGAGGCCAGGGCAUGGCCUAACAGUACCAUACUACUGCUGGUUCAUGGACAGGUGCAAGAAGGCCUGGCGAACGUGAUUUUGGAACAUUUUCUGGCUGGAGGAAAGUUGAUGGCAAUUUGUUCCAAUUUAUUGAGAUGGGUUUUACCGAAGAAAGUCAAGAAUGGAGAAAGUGAAGCCAGAAGCGUUACACUCAGCUAUGAGAGAUGGCAAAAUGUGUCGACAACGCAGGAAAUAGUUCAAUGGAUUGGGGAUGCUAAAGAGUAUACUGAGAUUGUGAGGAAUUCCGCAGGAACGGAAAUAGAAUUGAAAGUGGAAAUAUUGGCACGGGAGAAUACUUACGGAACGCCUAGCAUAUUAAGUAUAGAAAGUUGUCCUACUGAAGGAAAAGGUAUUUUCACUCAACUUUUAUUAAAUGAUAAUCGUUCGCACGAGAGGGAUAUUUUAAAGCAUUUAUUAUGCGACUACCUAGGAAUCAGUAUCAAGGAGCACGCUAGUCAAGAGAGAAUCCAAUACAAAAAUGCAUUUCUGCUAGGAAGUAUGCACAGUAUAAAAAAUUUCCUUGAAAACACCGAUAGUGUGCUCAACCUCGGGAAUCUCGAACUGCAUUUUUGCAACGCCUCAAAAGAUUCUAUCACCAGCACGGAAACCCAACUGUCCGUUCUAACCGAUCUGCAUCCAGACGAUUUCUCAGCCGAAGAAUAUUUCAGCCAUUUGACGACAUCCUCUGUUGGCCGAAUAGGCAUCUACUGUCCGACGAUAACCAGUUCGAUGGAAAUCGUUUCCUACGCCACCCUGAGCCAUGGUUUUGUAGUCAUUCCACGACGUCAAACCCGUGGCAAUGGACGGAACAAUAAUCGAUGGCUUGGACCGGAUGGUUGUGCCAUGUUUUCGCUGCAGCUUCAUGUGUCCUUGAUGAGCGUCCUCGGGCAGAGGCUACCGAUCAUUCAGCAUCUGGUAGCAAUAUCCGUAGUGGAUGCGAUUCGGGGCACUCCGGGAUACGAACAUUUGGAAAUUGGACUCAAAUGGCCCAACGACAUUUACGCGAGAGGUGCUACAAAAAUUGGAGGAUUAAUCAUCAACUCACAACUCUGCGACACGGAGGCCAUCGUCAACGUGGGCUGCGGAGUGAAUCUCAACAAUUCGAGUCCGACGCUGUGUAUCAACGACUUGAUCCGGGACUAUAAUAAACUUAGGGAAACGAAUUUGCCGCAAUUGGGGUACGAAGAAACGCUGGCAAAAUUUUUCAACACAUUUGAAAAACUGUACACCACGAUACAGGACAAAGACGAUUUGCAGGCCCUGUAUGACUUGUAUUACAAAUAUUGGCUUCAUGGCGACAAGUCGGUGAAUGUCAAGAACAUAGCUGGAAGAGAAGUUUCUGGAACAGUUUCAGGAAUUGACGAGUAUGGAUACCUGCUGGUGAAAACGAGUGAAGACGAAAAACCGAUUUGUGUUCAUCCCGAUGGGAACAGUUUUGACAUGAUGAAGGGACUGAUCAUUCCAAAGUACUUUUAAAGUUUUUUUUUACUGUUACGGCGCUGUUUUGGUUAUGUUGAGCUGAUGGUAUUUAUUUUCAUUUAGCAUUACUGGGAUAGUGAAGAUUAUUAGAUAUAUUAAAUAUAUGGGAGAAUAAAGAUUAUUAUAUGUACUACUGAAA